AUUAAUAUGUGAACCAGUUAUUUGCAAACUAUUCCUAGGAUUUUUGCCAGGUCUUCCAUACUGUGGUGUCAAAUUACUCAAUAGAGUCUGCCCCUUAAUGCUUAUUCAAAAUCUCUGGACGUUUGUUAACAAUAUGGCCCUUGCCGACCAAUCAGACAUUCCAAGCCAGCACUUAAUUUGUUCAAACAGCGAUAACAUUAUAUAUUAGAUGGAUAUGCACAAAUCUUGAAAGGCAUAUUCAAGGCUAAAUUCUGAGGUUGUAUGCUAAUGUUUGUGUGGUUACCCUCAAGGGGCUUGGUUAGGUUCAAGUGCAUUGUUAAUAUGGUCAAUAUAGUCAAUUCAGUUUUUACAUCCAAUUAUUGAAAUUUGAUUUACAGACUGAUUACUGAUUAUUUUAUUGUCUUGUUUUCCCUGAUCCAAGAUAAUGAAUUGUAUUAGCAAGGGGACCCUGAAUAAGUUGUCACUUGGGUUCAGAAUGAAAAGUAAUUAGUAAAUAAGACGCGGGAGUUAGAGGGGCGUGAGGAACAGUUCGAGGACGUAGCCCAACCUUGCAUCUCCCUGAAGCUGACCCUGUAGGAAGUGGUGGUUUAAAAAUAACCCAUGAAACCUAAUCCUGAUCCUAGAAAGCGCUGGCUGGGGCGCCGUUAUUGUUCAAACUUAUUUUAUUAACACACGUUUCCUUUUUAAAUGUACUACACUAAGGUACGAAUGACGCACGCGUAUCACUGCAUGUUGUUGGUAAGUGCUCGUGCGCCUUUAAUUGAGGAUGUGUUGAACUGGCACAGAGCUCCACAUAAACUGGAGCACAGAGGAAGUGCUUGGAUGCGCAGCUUAUUCCGAAUGCUGGGCCACUAAUAUUUAAAUAAUUGUUUCAGCCGAAGCAAAUGUAAUUCCCUUCUACAUUUUACCUGACCGGAGUGAUUAAGUGGAGUUGAGAUGCCGCUGUCAGCUGCGCUGGUACCGCUGCUCUACAUGGUUCUAUCUGCUUGGCAGGCCAAUGCCAAUGAGGACUGCCAGUGGUAUGUGGACAAAAAUGGGACCUGGCACAAUGGCUUCAACUGCCCACUCAUCACCUUCUGCUGUGGAAACUGCCACCAUCGGUACUGCUGUCUGGAUAGGAUGAAGAUGAUCACAGAAAGUGGACAGAAACGCUGCAUGCUCUUUCAUCUUAGUCCCUCCACUAUAGCAGGUAUUGCUUCGUCCAUCCUACUCUUUGUGGCUGCCAUUGCCACCAUGGUAUGUUGCUUUAUGUGCUCUUGCUGCUACCUGUAUCAGCGGCACAGGCAACAUGGGAGGACAUCUUAUGAUUCGCAGCAGAUUCCUAUGGCCAGCUACCCCAUGGGGCCCAUGUAUGAUGCUUAUGGUAAACCUAUUGGAAAUUUUGAGUACUCUGGAUAUGCAGUGGCACCUCAGUAUCCUGGUAUGCCUCAGCAGUGUCCCAGCUUCCAUCAGAUGCCAUACCCCCCAUGUCUUCCUGCCAAUCCAGGGCCCAGUCAUGGAGCGCCACCACCAUAUACUGCUUCAUAGCACCCAGAACCCAGGACAAUGAGAGCUCCUCAAGGAAAGGAAGCAUGAAAUGAGUUUGUGGCAUGGGGCCCUGCUCUUGAGGAAUCCUCAGAAUAAUCUGCAACACUUUAUAAAUUCAUAUUUGUUGUAUUUAUUUCUUAAAUAAUCUCUGGAGUGAAGCAUGAAUGGCCUGGUUUUGCCUGUUAUUGUUUGCCUGAAGUGUAGAUAUGUUUCAUGUUACUGACUGGUGAAACAGGUUUCCCCCUAAAACAUUCAACUAAUUUAGGAUUGACUUAUCCUCAGUUAAUUUAACUGUCUAGAUAUUAUAAUGUUGAUACAUUACCAUUAAAAAUGUUUGGGAGUUAGUAAAUGAAUUAACAGACAAGGUUCAUUAUUUUGGUUUCUAGCUUCGUCUUUCCUAGUAAGUGUUACAUUAUAAGUAUAAAUUACAUGCAGCCUUUUACUACACCUACAGUUGAUGAUAAUGAGUGUAAUAUGCCCAUUUUGUUCUUUGAGGUCAUAUUUAACUUAACAUGGUAAAUAUUUUACUAUAUUAACCAUACCUGCCUGGUGUAUAGUAUACAGUACAUAAAAGUAGCCCUGAUAGCUUUUGGUUUUAUUGGUGUUCUCUUUACAUAUUGUCAGUAGUAUAUUUGUUGCUUCUGUUUAUUUUAACUGUAAUUUUGAUACUAAUAUUAAACAGCCUUUACUUUUUAAAAUGAUUAUUAUACUAAAUGAGACAAACUGGUGAUGAAUUGUUUGUUAUGGACUGAAAAGAAGUUGCAAGAAUCAGGAAUUUUUGUGAAAAUAUUUCUAAAACUUAUGCUAAACCAACAUGAACUCAUGUGCAAUACCCCUGAAUUAAACUUUUGUAGUACAGUGUGGGUGAAAACAGAUCUAGCAGUAAAAGUUUCUUUUACUUUGAAGCCUUCAUCAACUUGGUUUCAAAUUAACCAGUGGUCCAUUAAUUAAUUUGUUGCUAACUGGACAAUACAUUGAUUAUAAAUUAAUCACAGAAAAAAUGAUUAGAAUAUGGUAGUGUAGGGUGUCUCAGAGUGCACUGACACUGGCAUCUCCUCUACAACGUAAACAACCUCAUAGCAUUCUUGCGAAAAGUUUAAGUUUUUUGUGAAAAUUUGAUAGUGUACAUUUUGAAGGACACAGGUAUGUAAUAUUUUAUUGACAAAAGGAUAACCGUGUUACUCCUGGAAUGAUGGGAAACGUUACAGAGGUUAUAAAUUCUGAUGAGAGUUCUCUAAAAAACUGAAAUACUGAAAUGUAUGUAUUACAUAACUGAAUUUUUCAAUAAAAUAUUUGGUCUUUUAA